AUGGGAAUGUCAUCAAGUUUCCUAGUUACUUUUGUAGGAGUUCUAGUUCUUGUCAUUCUCAUUCAAACUAAGGGCCAACCAGGAUUCAUCAGCAUAGAUUGCGGAGCUCAAGCAGGUGUCAACUAUACUGAUUCAACAUAUGGCAUAAAUUACGUUUCGGAUGCAGAUUUCAUAAAUACCGGUGUGAGUCAGACAAUAGCAUCUGAAGAGAUCAGCAGAGAAAGUCGACGACAACUGUGGAGGCUGAGAAGCUUCCCGGAAGGAAAAAGGAACUGCUACAAAAUAAACGUCACAAGAGGCUCUAAGUAUUUCAUCCGCACUACUUUUCUGUACGGAAAUUAUGAUGGCCGAAAUAUGUUACCAGAGUUUGAUCUUCUUCUCGGACCUAACCGCUGGGAUACAGUCACUAUAUUCAAAGCAUCAAAUGACCAAUCCAAUGAGAUCAUACAUAUACCUUCACUGGAUUAUGUGCAAAUCUGUCUGGUUGAUACAGGCAAUGGCACACCAUUUAUAACAACCAUAGAAUUCAGGACUUUGAAAAAUGAUACAUACGUUACUCAAUUCGGAUCAUUGGAACUUUACAAUUUCCUGCGCUGCGAUUUGGGUUCAAACAAAGUCAAUAGGUACCCGGAUGAUAUUUAUGAUCGUUACUGGUAUAGUGGUUCUUCCUGGAACGCCUGUAACUUCGGCGAAAAAUGGAAACCACUAAAUGCCUCCAUUCCGGAUGAUUCUUUAAAUCAGACGGAUUACCAUCCGGGAGCUACUAUCAUGAGUACCGUAGUUGAACCACAAAAUGAUAGUGCUCCGUUGGUAAUACGGUGGGAGCCAGAACAUGAAACUGACGAAUUUUAUGUGUACAUGCACUUCACGGAAAUUCAAGUGUUAACCACCAAUCAGACAAGACAAUUCAACAUCAAGAAUGGUCAAUCAGGGUUUCAAAAUUUUUCUCCAAUCUAUCAUGGAAUGAAUACUAUAUAUUCGACGUCAGGCACCAGUGGGAAAGAAAUUAAAUUUUCACUGGAGAGAACUGAAAAUUCAACCUUGCCUCCCAUCAUCAGUGCCAUUGAAAUUUACAGAGUAAUAGACUUACAGAAACCAGAAACAUUCCAAGUAGAUGUUGAUGCGAUUACUACCAUCAAGUCAGUUUAUGCGCUGAAAAGAGAUUGGCAAGGCGAUCCAUGCGCCCCUUUAGCCUAUUUGUGGGAUGGUCUCAAUUGUUCUUAUCACGGAAAUGAUUCUCCAAGAAUAACAACUCUGAAUUUAUCUUCCAGUGGAUUGCAUGGAAAGAUUGACCCUUCAUUUUCAAAUCUCACCAUGCUGGAGACAUUGGAUUUAUCAAACAAUAACUUAAACGGUGAAAUUCCUGAUAUUCUGUCACGACUACAACACUUGAAGAUCUUAAACUUAGAGAAGAAUAACCUCUCCGGUUCAAUUCCCUCAUCACUUCAUAGAGAUUCCCUCAAACUAAGUGUGGACGAUAAUCCAUAUCUAUGUAAACAAGAUCAAUGCAACCAGAAGAAAAACAAGAAAAACAAUAACAUUGUUACACCCUUGGUAGCAUCUGUUGGCGGGGUUUUGAUUCUUCUGAGGGAAGUUGACGCCCUGCUUGUUCUCAGCCAAAGAGAAGUUGGUCCCGAUGCUGGUCUCCUUAGCUCGGCAACUAAAGGAAGAGAUUGGUCAACCGGGGAGAAGCUUGGCCAACAGAGGAUUGUUUGCCCAAGAGAAGCUUGCCCCAGAGAAUUUUUAAGAGGGUAA